CAUGUCAUCUUGCUUCCAAUGGCUUACAAAAAAAAAAUCUUGUUUCCAAUGUUUUGAAGUGUCGUUGGCAAAAAUCUCAACAGCAACCCACAUGAUUUUAGCAUUCCCAUCAAAACCCACCAAAAUGAUUCUCACCAACUCCACGAUCUCUAUCUCAAAAUUUCGAAAUUUUCAAAACUCUCGUCACUCUACAUGUCUUCUAUCUAUCUUUACUACUCACUCCACACACAAUCACAUCAACCAUAUUCGUUCAUUCCUCUACACAAUCUCCCAUUACCAUUAGUCUCUUUCUUCAAAUGAUUCAUUCAUUACCUUCUUCCACAUGGUUUCACUCAUCCUUCUACCAUCAAGGUUUUAUUAUGCGUUAAAACGCUUUUUUUAUGAAGGUAAACAAGUUCACAGUUUGUUAAUAUGUAUUAUAAAUUGGGCUAUAUGAUUUUAGCUACACGUGUGUUUAAUUUCAUGGUUGUUAAAGAUUUAGUGUGUUGAGAUUCUUUAAUUAAUCUGUUGCUAGAAAUGGGGAUGUUGAAUUGGCCUUGAAUGUGUUCGAUGAAAUGCCUAGUUGGUAGGGAUACUUUACUUGGACGGCUGCAAGAAAAUUUUAAAUUUUUAAUCAGGAAAAUCCAAAAUUAAUAUUUUGAAAAUGGAAAUAAAGUUAAUAGCCCAAAAUUAAUAUUUUAAAAAUUGGGUAGCUAAAAUUGCAGGAUUAUAAAAAUUGAGGGCCGAAAAUGCAUUUUUAUUUGUCAAAUAGGAAUGUCGUGGUUGAAAGUAACCUGCAUUUUUUUAUGGUUUCUGGAAUAUUUUUGCACAGUUAACAACUGAGCUGAUUUAAGAGACAAAAAUAUAUUUUAAUGUUAAACAUAGAAAAAAUAACAUGCUCUAUAACAAAACAAGUAUUUAAAACAAUUUUUUUUCUUUCUAUAUUUGACAUGCUAAAAGCAAACAACUUUUACUUAGACUGAAAGUAAAAACUUGGAUACAAAGUAUCCUUAGAAGACUCUUUAGUCUUUACAUAUUUUUUUUUAAUAUACUACUAGGUAUUUUUGUUGUAGGAACAUUCAUUCAUUGACAUUUGACAUUUUGAGUACAUGAAUGAGUUAAUGACAUGUCAACUCUUAUUGUAGCUAACAGUUACUAUGUUCCCUCCACAUUCUUUUUCAAACAGUCAAACGUAUCCAAUCAUGCAUGUCUGUUUUGAUCACACAUAAGAGCAAAAACGUGUGUAUAAAAAAUUGAGAGUUGAAUUAGAGUCAUUUUCCAUAUAAAAAAUAUCAACAGUGUCUAUUGAAUAGAAAAGCUAGGAAGUGUGACAUUAUUUUCAAGAAAUAAAUUUAGUACUACAUGUUAAUUCUUUGUUGCUGAUUUGAGUUAAUUUCUUUUUCUGCUUCUUGCUUUCCUUAUGCAGCCAUUUUAUGAUUUUCUCUCUUUCCCCUAUUGAUUCAAUGAAACUCAAAAAUGGGUUACUAUUGUUCUUUAUGUUUCUGGAUUGUAUUUUUUUCAAAGUGGAAUCUAAGUGUGUAAAAGGGUGUGAUGUAGCUUUAGCUUCCUACUAUGUAAUGCCUUUAGUUGAACUCUCAAAUAUAACAACCUUUAUGCAAUCGAAGAUUGUUACCGAUUCUUCGGAGGUUAUAAUCAGAUACAAUAGAGACAUAGUAUUCAGUAAUGAUAAUCUUUUUUCCUAUUCUAAAAUCAACAUUCCAUUCCCAUGUGAAUGUAUUGGAGGUGAAUUUCUUGGGCAUGUGUUUGAAUACACAGCAAAUGAAGGAGAUACUUAUGAUUUACUUGCAAAUACCUAUUAUGCAAGCUUAACAACUGUUGAGGUUUUGAAAAAGUACAAUAGUUAUGAUCCAAAUCAUAUACCUGCUAAGGCUAAGGUUAAUGUCACUGUUAAUUGUUCUUGUGGGAACAGUCAGAUUUCAAAAGACUAUGGCUUGUUUAUUACCUAUCCGCUUAGGCCUAGGGAUACUCUUGAGAAGAUUGCAAGCCAUUAUAAACUUGAUGAAGGGGUGAUACAAAGUUACAAUUUGGGUGUCAAUUUCAGCAAAGGCAGUGGGAUAGUGUUCUUUCCAGGAAGAGAUAAAAAUGGAGAAUAUGUUCCUUUGUAUCCUAGAACAGGUCUGGGUAAGGGUGUUGCAGCUGGUAUAUCUAUAGCAGGAAUAUUUGCGCUUCUGUUAUUUGUAAUCUGUAUAUAUGUCAAAUACUUCCAAAAGAAGGAAGAAGAGAAAGCUAAACUUCCACAAAUUUCUACGGCACUUUCAGCUCAAGAUGGCAGUGGAGAAUAUGAAACUUCAGGAUCUAGUGGGCAUGGCACUGGUAGUACUGCUGGCCUUACAGGAAUUAUGGUGGCAAAGUCAACUGAGUUUUCAUAUCAAGAACUAGCAAAAGCUACAAAUAACUUCAGCUUGGAUAAUAAAAUUGGUCAAGGUGGAUUUGGAGCUGUCUAUUAUGCAGUACUCAGAGGCGAGAAAACAGCAAUUAAGAAGAUGGAUGUACAAGCGUCUACAGAAUUUCUUUGCGAGUUGCAAGUCUUAACACAUGUUCAUCACUUGAAUUUGGUGAGGUUGAUUGGAUAUUGUGUCGAGGGAUCACUUUUCCUUGUAUAUGAACAUAUUGACAAUGGAAACUUGGGUCAAUAUUUGCACGGUAUAGAUAAAGCGCCAUUACCAUGGUCUAGUAGGGUGCAAAUUGCUCUAGAUUCCGCAAGAGGCCUUGAAUACAUUCAUGAACACACUGUACCAGUGUAUAUCCAUCGUGAUGUAAAAUCAGCGAAUAUAUUAAUAGACAAAAACUUGCACGGAAAGGUUGCAGAUUUUGGCUUGACAAAACUUAUUGAAGUUGGAAACUCCACACUUCACACUCGUCUUGUUGGAACUUUUGGAUACAUGCCACCAGAAUAUGCUCAAUAUGGUGAUGUUUCUCCAAAAAUAGAUGUAUAUGCUUUUGGAGUUGUUCUUUAUGAGCUAAUUUCAGCAAAGAAUGCUGUUCUUAAGACAGGUGAAUCUGCUGUUGAAUCAAAGGGUCUUGUAGCCUUGUUUGAAGAAGCUCUUAAUCAAAUUGAUCCUUUAGAAGCUCUUCGCAAACUGGUGGAUCCUAGGCUUAAAGAAAACUAUCCAAUUGAUUCGGUUUUAAAGAUGGCUCAACUUGGGAGAGCAUGUACAAGAGACAAUCCACUGCUACGCCCAAGUAUGAGAUCUUUAGUUGUUGCUCUUAUGACACUCUCAUCGCAUACUGAUGAUGAUGACACUUUCUAUGAAAAUCCAUCUCUCACAAGUCUAUUGUCAGUGAGAUGAAGGCUUUGUGUGCCAAAUUGGAUGAUGUUUGUUAAAAACUUUUAGAAGCAUACAACAAAAGGUUUGUACUUAGAACAUAAUAUUCAGGUUAGGAAGUUCUGAUCUUGUGUUAAAAUUUUAUUUCCCAAAGUAGUCAAAAAGUCCUGGAUCUCAAAAAGACAUUCUGUAAUUAUGUUUAGUGAAGUUGUAACACUAAAGUAUAGUUUAUAUAUAAGAUUUAAAAAAGGAAAUAUGUCUUUUUUAACAUU